GUUUUUAAAAUAAUGAUAGUAAAAGAAUAACCUGAAGAUGCGUCCUCCUUCGGUAUUUAGCAGCUGACGUCUGAGCAGUUGGCUCAUCAACACAGAAUCGGUCCAAGAGGUGCAAAUGACACAAGAUGAAAAUGUGCUUCCCAUUCUGUCUAAACACGACCUCUACCUCGGAUGUGAAAUCUGUGACCGAGAAACACUCCAAAAAAGAGAAGAUCAGUUAUUGUGCAGAUUCAACAAAUGAGAUCUAACGAGCUGCAGCUUCAUAUUUACUCUUGUCCAGAAAGCAAUUGAGCUAAUUAACCAAAGAUGAUGAACUGCUCCUUUAAUGUAAAUAAUUUAUGUCUGUGUUGCAUUUUUAUUAAAACAAACCUACUCCCUCUUAACCCAGAGGAUUCGCCUCCAAGGCUCACAACUUUCUUCUGGAGUUUCAGCUGUUGAAAUAAGAUUUUUUAAAUAAAAUAAGUCAAUUCAUUUAUAUAGAAGAGUCAGGGGAAAAAAAGAAAAAGAAAGAAACUAGAACACAGACGCACAUCUGACAUCAAUAAUGCAACGGUUGGCAUUUGUGUUUUGCAGUCCUGUCAUCAGUGAAGCAUCGCUGCUCCUCCUGCAGCUGAGGAGGUAAAAGAGACCCUGUGACACUGAUACAGGAGAUGAAGGAUGAGAACACGUUUUAUUUCUGUCUUUGGUUCAAAUGUCACCGGCUCCUCUGCCACAGUUACUCCUCUAUUGAUUUACUGUCUGCGUCAUCGGGUCACAGAUUUGUAAGAGACUGAGAAAAAGGGAAAACGUCUGCUGGGCCAAUGUGAGGCUUCAUCAUCCAGGUGGAAACACUACAACUCUCUGCUCAGGAGGUCCACUUCCUGCUCUGACGUGGACGGAGGCUCCCGGGGCAUCACAACCGGGGGAGCACUUUGGAUAACCUGUUUUUAUCUUUGACCCUUUUCUGCUCCAGCAGCCUGAAGAGGAGGAGGUCUGAGCCUGAGUUCAGUGAAGAGGAGGAGACAGGCGGUAAUAAAAAGAAGAAGCAGAGAGGGGAGGACCGACAGUGAGAAGAGAAGAGAAGCAGAGACGGACCAGAGGCUGUCGCUCAAAGAUGGAUCUAGAUUUUCUUCACGCCCUGGAGAGAGAGAGAGUCCUGGAUGUCCUGCGGAGAGACAAACAGCUGCGUAUCAUAGAGGAGGACAGGAUCAGGAGAAUGAAACACGAGCUCCAGGAGCUUCGCAGACGAGGCGCCAAGAGUUUCACGCGGCAGUACGGCGAGCGGACCUGCGCCCGCUGCCAGAGGCCUCUGGGAAAGUUCUGGAACUCGGGCGACGUCUGCCACGGCUGCAGCCACCGCAUCUGCAGCCGGUGUCGUGUGGGCGUGGGAGCGUCGGGCUGGACGUGCACAGUGUGUUACGCCUACAGCGAGGUGAAGAUCAGGUCUGGAGAUUGGUUCGUGGAGGAAAAGUUAAAGAAGUUUCCCGUCUCCCAAGACAAAUAUGAAACAGUCGGGGAGAAGCUGUUGCAAACCUACAAUGUCCUGAGUCAUAUAUCUGUGGUGCCGCCCACUCCUCCACCACAUCUGGAUCAGCACUUUCUGAGCAGAUCGGGGAGUUUGAACAACUCAAAACCUUUCACCAAAUCGGUGGAGGAUCUCAUGGUUUCCUUCACGAGUCACAUGAAGAAUAUUUCCACUUCUCAAAACGACGUGCAGGCCGACCUGCUGUUCGUCGGCAACGGGCGCAAAGGGUCCUGCUUCACCUUCACCCACCAGAAGAGCCUGUCUGACACCGAGAUCAACAAAUCCUCUCGUCUUUUUAAAGUCCCAAGUCUCCCAAACCUGUUCAAGAAAACCAAAGACAGCGACCAGGAGGGGUCGUCCACCGGAGCCGAGGAAGAAACCUCCUUCGGCUCUGAGCACUCCGGAGGAAAGAGAGGCAGCAGCAGCAGCGUCGGCACAGACUCCGGCCUCUUCGAGAGCGUCAGCGUGGCCGGAGAGCUGGAGCUGUCUCUGACCUACGACCCCGACGCCUCCUGUCUGGAGAUCACGGUUUGCGCCUGCAGGAAUCUCUCAUAUGGGAACACGAAGAAGAGGAGAUGUCACCCAUUCGUCAAAGUCUUCGUGCUCCCGGAAAAGAGCGGCAAAAUGAAGACGGCGGUGAAGAAGAACACAACUGAUCCUGUUUUUAACGAGGUUUUAAAGUAUCAUAUAGAGCGCCACCUGCUGUUUGGAAAGAGACUGCAGGCCACGGUGUGGCAUUCAGGAACCCUGAGAAGGAAGGUGUUUCUGGGUGAAGUCCUCAUCCCACUGGACGGCCUGACGUGCAAGGAUCAAUCCUCCCAGAGCUUCAACUGGUACCCACUGUGUCCCAAGGCUGAGAGACCAGAUGGUGGCGCUAUGGAGCAGGACGGAUGAGAACUGCUGGUCAGAGUCAUGUUCACCUCCAACAACAAGGGUGUCUAACUCUGGGACUGUAGGCAGAGAUCGAACCCGGAUGACGCUCGUUUCCGAAGGUGAGACCAGGCCUCGCACCGACUGCUGGUUGGCAGUCUCCUGGUCUCUCUCUCUCUCUCUCUCUCUCUCUCUCUGAACCUGGACCUGUGGGACCAGCCUCUGAGGGAUCCCUGGCAGGGGCCCGAAGAGACCCCUGGUACCACGAGACAUUUCCAUCUCCUCAUCCUCAAUAGCUAAUCCUCUGAUAUCUCAUCUAUCUCACAUUAAUAAGCAGCAUAUACAAUUAAUGUAUGUUUAUAACUCACUAUAAACCAUUUGUAAGCAGUUAUAAGGAUCGUUUAAGUGAUUGACAUUUGUAAAAGUUCAUGAAUGAUAUAAUGUGAAUUAAGAAUAAUUCCUGUAUUUGUAAUUUUUAGGACCAUGAAAUGUGAUGUAUUUAUUGAAAUCAUUUUUUAAUGUUAUUUUUGUCAACCAUGCUCAUAUUUAUUGAUGAAGUAUUUAUUUAUAGUUUCUCUAUCGAUGAUAAUAAAGAUAAUAAUGAAUAAAUAAUUAUAAAGCUCUGCAACAAAUCACAUAAGUCAUCGAUGGUGAUUUCUUUACCUAUUUUGCCGCCCGCCAGCCACCAGGGGGCGAUCAAGACCCUUUGGCUUCACUACUGUCAUCCAUCUUUUUAUAAAGUCUAUUGAAUCUGCUGGGUAUUAUGAGUGUAAAGUGGUUUAAAACGUUUCAACUUUAAUUUCCCUUUCUUCUUUAAU